AAAAGAAUUUAUCCAUUUAUUUACGGAACAGUAGAUCUUUUCUUUUUCGUGUUAUUGGUAACGUCAAAAAAAAGGAAAUUUCUAUUUAGUAUUUACCUUAUUAUUUUAUAUAUAUAUAUGUGCAUAUACACCCACAUAGAGAUCAUUCGUGUACUAAUUUUACCUUCAUAGACUUAAUUAAGAUACGAUCAUGGCGUCGUUUGUCUUUGUGAUUUCUCUUCUUCUUCUCUCUUUUUCGUCGGCUGUUUUCUCCGAUGAUGCUUCUUUUCAGAAACUUCCGGUGCCUGACAAGAGGUCAGGCCCUGAAUCUUUCGCCUUUGACUCUACCGGCGGAUUCUACACCGGAGUCUCCGGUGGUAAAAUCCUCAAGUACGUUCCUGGGAAGGGUUAUGUCGAUUUUGCCCAGAUCACAGAUUCCUCGAACUCGGCAUGGUGCAACGGAGCAUUAGGAACCGCUUUCGCCGGAAAGUGUGGUCGACCAGCGGGAAUAGCCUUAAACAGCAAAACAGGUGAUCUCUAUGUCGCCGAUGCUCCGUUGGGUCUUCACGUUAUCUCUCCCGCAGGAGGUUUGGCCACAAAGCUGGCCGACAGUGUUGACGGAAAGCCUUUCAAGUUUCUUGACGGUCUUGAUGUUGAUCCCACCACCGGCGUCGUCUACUUCACUUCCUUCAGUUCCAAGUUUGGACCCCGGGAAGUGUUAAUCGCAGUGGGAUUAAAAGACGCGAGCGGAAAGCUGUUCAAAUACGACCCAGCGACCAAAGCCGUGACUGAGUUAAUGGAAGGUCUAAGUGGUGCUGCUGGUUGUGCAGUGAGCUCAGAUGGUUCAUUCGUGCUAGUUAGCGAGUUCAUAAAGAGUAACAUCAAGAAAUAUUGGAUUAAAGGGCCCAAAGCUGGAACUAUUGAAGACUUCUCAAGUCUUGUCUCGAACCCCGACAACAUCAGGAGGGUAGGUUCUACCGGAAAUUUCUGGGUCGCCUCUGUCGUGAACAAGGUUGUUAUGCCUACCGACCCUAGGGCGGUCAAACUAGACGCUAAUGGAAAAGUGCUCCAGACCAUUUUCCUCAAGAAUGAGUUUGGGAAUACUUUGCUUAGUGAAGUCAACGAGUUCAACGGCCAUCUUUACAUCGGAACUCUUACUGGACCUUUCGCCGGAGUCAUGAAACUUUAAAUUGGUAUCAACUAUAUGGUUCUUUGGUGAUUACCAUUUUUGAUAUCAUUUUGAAAGGUCUGUUUACAGUUAUUUUAACCAUAAUAAUAUCCCCUCAAAUGUCCUGCUUGUUACGUGGGUGACACAAUUGUUCGGUGAUUCCUUGAAUAGGCUACUACUACUUAUUGUUUCAUAUUUUCGAAGAGAUUAUCUCUAGUUCUUAAGGCUUUGGUUUUCUUUGUUUUCACCCUUUGUUUUACUUCAUAAAGACGAAAAACAAGAAAAAUUAAGUAUCUAUACUAAAAAAAAAUAUGAUCUAUAAUUCGAUAUGUACACACGUUUAUACAUUGACUUUUAU